UUCGUACAAUAAAAAUGGCUGCCUCCUGUCAACCCUAGCUGAUAACUUAUGUGAUAGUGUUGUGGGCAACUUUUGUUGUAUUUUAUCUAAAAGGACAAUGUAUGCUGUAAAUAAAGUCGAAAUAAACAUUUUUUUUUAUUUCCAAAAUAGUUUGUCUGUGUGAUGUUAGGUUUAUAAAUUAAGUUCGAUUGGAAUAAAAUUCAAUAACCCUCAAGUUAGAAAAACGACAUGGCGGAUUGAUAAUCGACCAAUAGGACGCAAGCAUUGAGCGUUUCAGAAUUGCAUGUAUCUAUUCACAUUUCGCGUCAUUACGAUUUGGUGCCUUGUUUCUUAGAUAAUAAUCCAAAAAUGCAAACUGGAAUUAUGACCGAACGUAUUUUUUAAUGAAACAGUGAAAAAUACUGUGAAUGUGCGCGGUGCCAUUUGUCUGCCGUGAAGCAUCUUUGAAAGAAGGCUUGGAUCAUGAAUGCUUUAGAUUUGGGGUAAACCUAAAUACAUUACAGUAUUACAUCGAUUUGUUUUUGUAAACAAUAAUGUGCUUGCAAUACACGUGCAAAAUUGUGCAAAAUUGACAGUUGUUUAUAAUGAUGACGGGAAGGGGGGCGAAAAAACGCGGGAGGCCCCCGAAAUCCGGAAGUUUUGAAAAGAAUAGGAAAUUUCAAUAUCAUUUAUUGAAAAAACCAAAAUAUUUACAAUCUCAAAAUGUUUCUGGUUCUCUGGCGAGUACACCUUCUGCGUCCAGAGCAACGUCGCCACAAGGAAGUGAUACUAGCAAACGUAGUACGAGAAAACAAAGAGGUGGCAAAUCGCAUAAAAGUAAAAGAGGUGGUCUAUCAAAUGCAUAUUCGCGUAGAGGAUACAAUCCUCAAGCAGCUGAUUAUCAUGAAUCAGAAUAUCAUUAUGGAUCAGAUUUUGGGGAUGAAUACAGUGACAGAUCUGAAGGUGAAGAAGAUCGCGGCAGUGAAAGCACCGAAGCCUCUGUUGCUGAAGGUGCUGCUAGUGAUAGUGAUUUUUCUAUCAGCAGUUAUGGUUCAACAGCAGGGACUCCUCGAAAAUCAAGCAAUAAUCUGUUAAGGCCUCUCAGCCCUGACCCUCUUUGGCUGCAAGAAGAACGUCAGAUUCCUCCAUUGGUGCUCCCUCCAUCAUCAGAUGAUUUAAUAAUUUCUCAUAAUUUAGUUUUACAAAUAGUAGGCAUAUAUGAAGUGAUACGCCAUUUCAGACAUUUGGUGAGAUUAUCUCCAUUUAGAUUAGAAGACCUCUGUGCAGCUGUUAGCUGUGAGGAUCAAAGCAAUUUGCUCAUAGAAGUACACAUUAUGUUGCUUAAAGCUUUACUUAGAGAAGAAGAUGCCCAGCAAACUCAUUUUGGACCUUUGGAUCAUAAAGACAGUGUCAAUAUUACUCUUUUUCUAUUAGAUACUAUGACAUGGCCAGAAGUUUUAAGAGUAUAUGUAGAGAGUGAUAAAUCUUUUGAUCAAAAUAUAUCAAGAAUCUUGAAUUCCUGUGAAUAUCCUUUUACCAUAGUUGAGGACAGAGUGGCAGUCCUUCAGUUCAUGUGUAAUCAAUUUUUAAUUACAAAUCCAGUGAGAGAUGAUCUUAUAAGUGAAGUUCCUAUACAUUAUGAUGAUCACUGUAGAGUAUGUCAUCGCUUGGGAGAUCUGCUUUGCUGUGAAACUUGCCCAGCAGUUUUUCAUCUUGAGUGUGUUGAUCCACCAUUAGUGAAUGUUCCAUCUGAAGAUUGGCAGUGUGUUUUAUGUAAGCAACACAAAACAAUUGGUGUAACUGAUUGCUUACCUGAUGCUGAAAGACAAGGUUUACUAUGUCGCCAUGAACAUCUUGGGUUUGAUAGACAUGGCCGAAAGUAUUGGUUUAUUGCUAGACGUAUAUUUGUAGAGGCUGAAAAUGGGGAUGUUUGGUACUAUAGUACUAGCCAGCAAUUUCAAGAACUUCUUGAAGUAUUAGAUGCACGUGAAAUGGAAGCACCAUUAGUAAGGGAACUUUUAGAAAUGAAACAAGAAAUAUCAAGACAAAUGGAUAUAACUGAGAGGUUGACAGACCAAGUCAAAGGAAAUCGUAAGUCUUAUUUAGAAGUUGAGAAUUCAAAUAUUAUAAAACAAAAAAAAGCAAAAGAACAAAAUAACCAGUAUGGACAAAAUAUUGAUAUGAAAUUGAGUGAAAAACAGAACCAUUCAUUAGUUUCUGAUGUAGAUGUUGAAAAUGAAAUAACUGUAACAAGUGAUGAUCCAAUUAAAGAGGAUAAUGAUGACAAUACUGAUGAUAAUGAAACAAAAAAAAAUAAAAACAGUUGCACACCUAAAAUUAAAUCUCUCAUAAAUAAGAAGACUGAAGAUGUUACAGAUAGGGUGACAAGGUUGAAGUCAAAUCAGCUUUCUAAUGGGACAUAUCUAUUUAAAUUAGGAAACGAAAAUACUUUUAAAACCUAUAUAAAUCAAUAUACAAGUAACCCAUUGGCAUUGAAUAAGCCUCAAAGAAAUGAAGAAAGGGACAAGAAGCGGUAUAUUUCACAUAAAUUUUCUUUGUCAUCUGGGCAAGAGUUUAAAUGGGUUGGUCUUCUGAAUGGGACAAAGCCUUUACUUGUGGCUACAUUAAGACAGACAUUGCUUCAGCUGGAAUCUAAUAUAGUGCAACAAUUUAUGCAUCCCAAUUGGACAUUGCUGCGAAAACCUUGGGUACAGGCUGUUCAACUCUGCCAAGCACCUCGUGAUUUUGCUAGAGCUCUUUGUGUCCUACAGGCAUGUGUAAAAAAUGUUGUCUGGGUGCCAGCAUGGCAUGAACAAUUGGGUCAUGUGCGCCUCAUUCGUACCACUGCUUCAGAAAGAGAAGAGCGGAAAAAACUAGACAAAAGAGAAAAAAAGGAGAGAGAUGAAGAGGAAGAACGUUAUAGAACUGCAUACAAUUUUGUCAAGUACUCCUUAGGACUGCGACAUCAAGUUUGGAAACAAAAAGGAGAAGAAUAUCGAAUUCAUGGCCAAUGGGGUUGGUUAUGGAAUUCCGCAACAAGGAAGCAAAAGAAACACAAUUCAAAUUUAAAAUUGAGCCUAAGUCAUGGUCCAGCGAAAAUAACUGUCAGGGUCAGAGAAGGAAAUAUAUUGAAAGUACUAGCAGUGGAACCUAAAACUUAUGAAUAUUUGACUUCAAAUGAUUAUGCAGAUAAGGAUGUCACAUCAACGUUACCUGCUUCAAUGAGAAAUAUGGAAUUGGAAAAGGAAACUGAAGAUUUUGAAGAGAUUGAUGUGGAAAAAGCACUGAGUUCCUCGACAAGAAGAUAUUAUCCUAAAAUAGGAAAAAAAUCUAAAUUGGAUGAUUUUUUAGCUCGUCGUACGUAUUUAAAAUUUAUGGAGGAAAAAAAGCUCGGUAAUAUGUUGAACAAUAUAAAAAAAGAAGAAACAGAGAUAAAAAGUGAGGAAGAUAGAAAUAUAGAUGUAGAGAAUGAGGAGCCUGAAGCGGAAAUGCCUAAUAUAGAUCCAGGCAGUGAUAGUAAAACUUUAAUAUGUGCUUCGAAAAACGUCAAUUCUGUGAAAGAAAAAUAUCAAAAUCUUAGUAAUAUAACAAAACAUUAUAGAUGUUACUCAGAAGGGUGUAACCGAUCAGAGUCAUCUGACAAGCUGUCAGGCUUCAAAGUUGAGUGCUACUCGCCUAUAUGUAUUGAAAAAGGACAACUUUUAAAUCAGUUAUUGUCUUUAAUAAAAGAUGAUACGAAUAAUUCAUUUUUACUGACUGAUUUAAAGGAAAAAAGCAAAAUAUCAAUAUUAGAACAAUAUUUACUAGGUAAAUCUACAACUUCCAGUGAAAACAUAGUGUCAGAUUUACUAUCUGCAGUAGCAUGUGCACAGGAAUGUGACAAUAAAAAUUCUGACUGCUUUGUUAAAAGAAAAUCUAGAGAUGGUGAUGUUAGUAAUUUAAAAAUGGAAAAGCAUGAGAUCGAUAGUAGUAUAUCGCUUAUUAAAACAGAGAGCACACUCGACGAAUGUUCCGUCCCUGCAAUCGGAAAUGAAAUGGACAUUGAUAUAACUAGUAACAGUAACGAAGAAAAUGACGUGGAAAUAGGCCCACUAAAAGAACUUACCGAUCAUGAACUGGAUGAAAAAGAUAAGAACACUGAAGGACGUCCACCCAUACCUAAACUAAAGAUAACUCGCGGUAAAUCUGCGAAAACGGCGUCUAAUUCUAGUGGUACUCCAUUGAAUAGUAGAGGGAAGAAUUCCUCUUAUGAAUGUUCAAUGAAAGCAGACAAAGAUGCUGUCAAACCGAAAUAUCGUGCUAUCAUCAAUAGGCGGUUUGGAUUAACCCGAAAUGUAAAGAAAGAAGACAAAAUAAAAGAAGAAAAGACCGAUAGUGCUGUCACAAGAAUUUAUUCAACUGACAAUCCAAGUGGAAAAGUUUACUUGAAACGUGUUCAAACAGUGGCAGUCGAAAAGAAAAAGAAAAGGACCCCUGUAAAAUAUCCUCUUUGCUCCUCAUUCCAUACUAAAAGCAAAGCUAAAACUAUAUUGGUUUUGCCUCACCAUGAAUUGAAAAAGUUAUGCAGACAAGCAGGGCAUAGCACUAUUGCUGGUUUCAGUCUAAGUGCUAAAGCCAAUCAGCUUGUAUGGCCGUAUCCUUGUGCGAGGCCUCUUUUUAAAACGUGUUGGCUUUAUCGUACUGUUAACUUACAGUGGUUAGCUAGUGCAGCUCUGCAAUUGCGUAUAAUGUGGGCUUGCUUGCGAUGGGACGAUAUGUCUGCGAAGCCUACCACUGCCGAUGGAAAACAUCAACUUACGACGGAUACCGAGAUUGUUUCGCUGGAAUUGCUAAAGCAUCGUCACAUUGGGCAGUUUUCAGAACGAACCCAAUAUCUUCGUCGAAAAGUAGUAAUACCACUGGAGUUACCAAAAACUGUGCGCGAGGUAACCUCUAUACGAAGCGGUUUAAGAAAAAGAAAACGAGCAGAAUCACCUCAAAAUACUGAACCGCAGGUAUCAGAAGAAUGGGUGGAUGAAGAAAAGCUUGACCUAUGGGAAGUGCGUCAAUACGGCGAGCGAGCGGAGAGAGUAACUCCGGUCACCCGCACGUCAACCGGCAAGUUGCCUCAGCGUAGCGUUGCUUCGGCGCCGGCCAACGCGGCAGACCUCAAAGACAAGAUGGAACAACAACUGCGCGAGCAACGAGCGGCUCAUCAACAGAAGAGAGCCCUAGAGCAAGAAAAGUCAAAAUCUACCCCAAAUCAGAUCUCUGGUAAAAGUACUCUGACUUCCUUGCUAACCUCGAAUGCAACUACCCCCACUGGACAAAAAACUGUUAUUGGAACAAGAAGAAUCAUUAUGACUAAAGGUGCAGAUGGCACCACCAGAGUGAUAAGUCAACCGAUCAGUAGUUCGGGUAAAUCAGUUCUGGCAUCUGAAGCCGCGAAAAUGAGUGCGCCCCCUCAGAAAGAUGGUCCACAGAAGGUACAAAUAAUUAGAGCGCCUGAUGGUAAAAUUACAGUAAGAGGCUUGUUGCCGGGGCAACAACUAAUACAGAUGCCCGAUGGUAAACUGCACGUGGUUAUGCCGGGUCAACAAGGCAUCGCAGGGCAACUAGUUGCGGCAUCGCCGGCGCCCGUCAAGACCGAAACUGACACACCGUCGACUGAUAGUGCCGAUAGAAAUAAUACUCAAAUCAAGAAUAACUCAGAUAUCGCUUCAUCGACAAGCCGAAACACUGCCCCGACUACGACGCAGACAAUAGUAUCAAGCGGGCGGCACAUCGUAGUUCAGCCAGCUCAGCAAGUGGUCGUUCAGUCGCCGCAGGUGGUGAUGCAGAGUCCGCAGCAGGUGGUCGUGCAAGCGGGGGCACGGACGCCGGGCCCUCCUCGCGUCCAGCCCGUGCAGACCAUGCUGGUACAAGGCCAACUGAUGCAGCGUGCGCCAGCGCCACAACGCACGCCGGCGCCUCGACUCCGCCCUGCGGCCGCGCAACAGAUAGUCGUCAACAACCCGGCGCUUGUACAACAAAUCGCGGCCGGCAAGAUACAACUAGCAACCGUUAAUGGCCAACAAGUGCUGAUCCGGCCGACGGGCAAUAACCAAGCGCAAAUCGUCGCGCAUAUAGGCCAAAGUCCGAUGCCGACGCCGGUACCCGCGCUCGCACCCUCCCCUGCCCCUAUGCCUUCGCCUGCUCCAGCUCAACCGGCCGCCGCGCGACCUGCACCGCCGCCAGCCGCUUCUCCGGUUCAGCAGCAACUCUCAGAAGACGAAAUGACGGAGAAACGGCUUCUGGCGGGACAACCUCCGGGUACCGUCAUCAAGACAGUAACCGCACAGGUCAUGCAAACCAGCAGUGGACCAAGUAUUGUGCUGCAAGGACUCCAUGGUUAUUCUCUAACACCACAACAAUUGGCGCUCGUACAGCACCAAGUGAAACAACAACUAUUAAAAGCUCAAGAAUCCACAGGAAAACAGGGCAUGCUGGGUCCUCGGAAGAUGUAUUUAGCCGUGCAUCCCUCGCCCACCGCUCAGCCGCUGGCACCGACUCCCGCGCCCCUCGCGCCCCUCGCUCCCCUCGCGUCCCUCGUGCCGCCCGUACCCCCGCUCCAGGAUGGUAAAGCCGACGAUAAAAAAAUACAACGGCCACCUUUAUUGAAUGGCGAAGAUCAUGUUGCAGAAGCUGUGAGCCAAAAAGAGGCAAUUCCUUCCAAACUUGAGGAUAUAUCUGAAAAUAAUACCAAAACUGAUAUAGUUAAUGCUGUUCACGGAGGAAAUCAUAGUCAUAAUAAAUUUGUUCUUACUCCGGAUUACAUACAACAAACAAUCAAGAGCGCUCUGAAACAGGAGAAUUUGAACCCUGAGAUAGAGGAGAAAUUACUGCAGCUACAAAGGUACCAGGAGAAACAAAUGAAACCAGAAGUUCAAGUGGAAAGAGAAGUAAGAGCAAUAGCAGUGCGCUCGCCCUCGCCACCACCGCCGCCGCCACGGCGCCGCGGGCCGUCGCGCCAUGAAGACGACGACGACGAGUGGGUCGAAAUCAGUCCGCGCAAGCGCUCGCGCAUGUCGCGCGCGCCUACCCCGCCGCCCACGACCCCUCCGGCCCCCGCGCAGCCAUCAGUUCCCGCCCCCACCCCUGCGCCCGCGCCCGUGCCCGCAGCCUCUCCCGUGCGGCCGCCUGCGCGCGUCCCGCCCGUUGUCACCGCGCCGGCCACGCCCACCACGCCCGCGCCCGUCUCCCCGCUCGCCGCGCCAGAAGAACGCCGCCGCGCCGCCUCCACUCACUCCCGCCUUCUUCUCCUCUUCAAACAUAAGGAGAUGCUCAAGAAAGAUAUUAUAAAAAAACGGGGCCUACUCGAAAAGGAGCUCGGUGUUGAAAUACAGAAGGAGCUAUCGGCGGAGCUGGCGCUGCGCACGCGUGCGGAGCGGAGCAAGCAGGAGGAGGUACGCGGCGGCACCGGCAUACCGGGCGGAGCACCGGGUAGCGUGGGCGGGGGCAAACGCCGCACGGCUUCCAUGUCGGCGCGAGACAACAAGCCUUCCAACGCCAAGAAGUCCAGCAAGAAGGAGAAGUUGCUGUGUGUAUGUCGCACACCCUAUGAUAACACCAAGUUCUACGUGGGCUGCGAGCACUGCAGCAACUGGUUCCACGGCGACUGCGUGGGCGUCACGGAGGAAAUGAGCAAGAGCAUGGAGGAGUACGUGUGUGCGGAGUGCCGCCGCGCGGAAGAGACGCAGGAGCUAUACUGCUUGUGCCGGCAACCCUACGACAACUCGCAAUUUUACAUCUGCUGUGACCGAUGCCAAGAUUGGUUUCACGGUCGAUGCGUCGGUAUCUUGCAGUCCGAGGCCGACAACAUCGAUGAAUACAUUUGUCCGAACUGUCAGAAAAACAAUUCGGUUAACUUCGCAAAUAUGAAAGAGCUCACCGCCAAAGACUUCGAAAAUCUCAAAAGGCUCAUAAAACAGAUACAGUUACAUAAAAACGCUUGGCCCUUCAUGGAGCCAGUUGACCCUAGAGAGGCUCCGACCUAUUACAAAGUCAUUAAAGAACCAAUGGAUUUGCAGACAGUGGAAAGAAAGGUGAACGAUCAGACUUAUAGUACAUUAAGUGAUUUUAUUGGUGAUAUGACUAAGAUAUUUGACAAUUGCCGUUACUUUAAUCCAAAAGACUCAGAAUUUUAUAGAUGCGCCGAAGGCUUGGAAGCAUUUUUUGCGCAAAAAAUUAAAUACUUUCGAGAAAAGCUAUUUGAGUCUACGCAAUGAUAAUAGUAACAGUGUCUGUGUACAGUGAUGACGAACAUGGUUGGUUAAAGACAUUUGAACGCGAUCGUGUAAUGUUACAUUACGUAACACUUGUAAAUUGUAAACAUUGUGAUGAAAUUUUCAAAGAAUUUGUAUAAAUUAUCGCAGAAGUUAUGAGUUCAGUCAGUCAGCUUAAUUUUCAUGUUAAGUAUUUAUUGUAUUUAUUAAUUAAUGCUUUACAUUUGUAAUCUACUUUAAAGCUGACUCCCUUUGGAAAUUAACUCUUCGCAGAAGAAUAUAAUUAUAUAUAUAUAGUUUUGUGAAAAAGAUAUCGUAUUAGCUGAUAUGACUUAGCUAUUUUAGUUUUAAUUUAGUUUUUAGUUUAAGUAAACAUUAUUGUAUGU